CCAUCCCCGCAGACCCCAGAUCUUAAGCAGAUCUGCUUCCUGGGAGUGACCCCAAAUGCCAGGCUAGCCAUCUACCCUGUGACUGGGACGCUCAUGCUGCCCCAGCCCCAGAGGGCCCUCUUGGUCCCAGACAGAGACUCGAGGUGCAAUCAGACACUGGGCUGGCUGAGAAGCCCUCUUUGUCAUGCACUUUGGGGAGAAAAUGACCCAGAAAAAGCUCUUGCCACCCGAACCCUGUCCUCUCCAGGGCCUCCUUUGCCAGGAGACCAUCCUGGCUUUUUGCCCACAGUUGACUCUGCAGACUGUUGUGACAACCAUCCUUCUGCCCCUGCCUGCAUUUCUCCCUUGGGAGAUUUCACCCCCAGAAGAAAUCAAGAUAAGCGAGGUUCAACCCAGAAAAAGAUGGCCCCGGUGGAGGCCCCACUGAUGACUGGACAGCCGGGCCCCGGCCACGGGAAGAAGUUGGGUCACCGGGGUGUGGAUGCAUCUGGUGAAACCACCUACAAGAAGACCACAUCCUCCACCCUGAAGGGGGCCAUCCAGCUGGGCAUCGGCUACACCGUGGGCAACCUGAGCUCCAAGCCAGAGCGCGACGUGCUCAUGCAGGACUUCUAUGUUGUAGAGAGCAUCUUCUUUCCCAGUGAAGGCAGCAACCUCACCCCCGCUCAUCACUUCCAGGACUUCAGGUUCAAGACCUAUGCACCUGUCGCCUUCCGCUACUUCCGGGAACUCUUUGGGAUCCGGCCAGAUGACUACUUGUACUCGCUGUGCAAUGAGCCACUCAUCGAGCUGUCCAACCCUGGUGCCAGCGGCUCCCUCUUCUAUGUCACCAGCGACGAUGAGUUCAUCAUCAAGACUGUGAUGCAUAAGGAGGCUGAGUUCCUGCAAAAGCUGCUGCCUGGAUACUACAUGAACCUCAACCAGAACCCGAGGACGCUGCUGCCCAAGUUCUACGGGCUGUACUGCGUGCAGUCGGGCGGCAAGAACAUCCGCGUGGUGGUGAUGAACAAUGUGCUGCCACGCGUGGUCAAGAUGCACCUCAAGUUCGACCUCAAGGGCUCCACAUACAAGCGGCGGGCCAGCAAGAAGGAGAAGGAGAAGAGCAUCCCCACCUACAAGGACCUGGACUUUAUCCAGGAUAUGCCCGAGGGGCUCAUGCUCGACGCUGACACUUUCUCCGCCCUGGUCAAGACACUGCAGCGUGACUGCCUGGUGCUGGAGAGCUUCAAGAUCAUGGACUACAGCCUGCUUCUGGGCGUGCACAACAUCGACCAGCAGGAGCGGGAGCGGCAGGCUGAAGGCGCCCAGAGCACCGCCGAUGAGAAGCGGCCACUGGGCCAGAAGGCGCUCUACUCCACGGCCAUGGAGUCCAUCCAGGGCGGGGCGGCACGUGGGGAGGCCAUCGAGACAGACGACACGAUGGGUGGGAUCCCCGCCGUGAAUGGCCGAGGGGAGCGGCUGCUGCUACACAUCGGCAUCAUUGACAUCCUGCAGUCCUACAGGUUCAUCAAGAAGUUAGAACACACCUGGAAGGCUCUCGUCCAUGAUGGGGACACUGUCUCUGUCCACCGGCCCAGCUUCUACGCCGAGCGCUUCUUCAAGUUCAUGAGCAACACGGUUUUCCGGAAGAAUUCCUCCCUGAAGUCGUCGCCGUCCAAGAAGGGCCGUGGUGCCUUGCUGGCUGUCAAGCCCCUGGGGCCCACUGCCGCCUUCUCAGCUAGCCAGAUCCCCAGCGAGCGGGAGGACGCACAGUAUGACCUGCGGGGAGCCCGCAGCUACCCCACAUUGGAGGACGAAGGCCGGCCGGACCUCCUGCCCUGCACACCACCCUCUUUUGAGGAGGCCACCACCGCCUCCAUUGCCACGACCCUGUCCUCCACAUCCCUCUCCAUCCCUGAGCGGUCCCCUUCAGAGACUUCAGAGCAGCCUCGGUACAGGCGGCACACACAGUCCUCUGGGCAGGAUGGCCGGCCCCAGGAGGAGGCACAUGCAGAGGAGGACCUACAGCAGAUCACUGUGCAGGUGGAGCCUGCAUGCAAUGUGGAGAUAGUGGUCCCCAAGGAGGAGGAUGUGGGGGAGGGGGCAUCCCCAGCCUGUGCCUCUGCUGCCGUCGAAGCAGAAACUGCCAGCCAGGCCUCCGAGCCCGCCAGCCAGGCCUCAGACGAGGAGGACACGCCCGCCACGGACAUCUACUUUUUCACCGAUGGGAGGUACUGGAUUUACUCUCCCCGGCAUCGCCGACUGCGGGCCGUGACGCUGAGCUCCUCGGGGACUCCCACCGAUGAGAGGAGCUGGGUGUACUCCCCGCUUCACUAUAGCGCACAGGCCCACCCCGCCUCCGACGGCGAGAGCGACACCUAAUUCCUAUGCAGUCACCAACCUGGAGUGGAGCGCCCGCUGCUGCCCGGCCGCUUCCUGGAGGCACUGCCCUCCCUGCUCAGCCCAGAGCUCAGGAGACACCCACUUGGCUGCCGGCCCUCACUCGCCCUCGUCCUCCCCUCGACGACGCCGAAGGUCCGGGCCGCAGAGCGAUACCGAACUGGUCGGCAUGUCCGGUCCCCGCUCCCCGUCAACUACCUACGCCUGAUACUGUGAACGCUCCUGAGUUUCCAAUCAUGUAUUUAUUUUGGGUCUUUAUUCUUUGCACAGAGAUGGCAGCACACGUGUGUUUUCUUAGAAAAAGAAAAAAAAACCCACAAUGGAAAAGAAGAAACUAUUCCACUGCAUUUUUGGUUCUUUGCUGUGCUUGCAUGUGUCCCUGAGGGAACCAGGUUCUUGGCUCUGGGGACCUGUGCUCCAGUGGCCCAGGUGCCCCAACUAGAAUCCACUCCAAUUCCGGCCAGGCACCUGGGACAGAAGGCUCUCCAGGUCCAGGCAGGUCCUCAGGGCCCCUCUGGAGGCUGCCCACUGCACCUACCAGGUGCUCUUGGCUCAGGUUUUUGGGCCAAGAGCUGGACACCAUCCUGGAGGGUGGGCGACUUGUGGCUAGGGAUGGCGCUCCACGCUGUCACCCCUGCCAUCUCUCACCACCUGUUUCCCCGGUCCCGCCUCCCCGGUCAUGAGCAGGAGUCACCAGGUGUGACUAGAACCUCCAUGUGGACGCUCAGCUGCCCCGUCUUGGUGGAGCUCAGGGCUGUGGGCUUCCCGCUCCAUCGAGCCAUGGGAGGAGGCGGCUGGGCCCUCAAGCCACAGGACUCUGGAGAGCUGUGUCUUGGAGCAGAGCCCUGGGCUGCCCAGCCUCCAGGAACAGACCCUUCUCCAGUAAGAGGUCCCCCCAGGACUGGGCAUCCUCUCACUUUUAAAUGAUGAUGACACUUGUGCCGAUUGAAGGACAGGAGAAGAAAUCCUUCAUGAAAAACGAGUCUUUUGGGAUGGUCAUCUUCAGCAGGGGUCCAGAGCCCCACAGGGCGGUCUCUGGGGACCCUCCCCCUCCCCCACACUGUGUCCACAGAGGGGGCUGUCCUUCCUGAGAGGUGACCCAUCAGGGAUGCUGGCCCCCUGCCCACUCGGCCCUGCGCAAGAGGAGCUGGGAGCCAGCUUGAAGUAGAAGUUGCACCUUCUGGAAUAAUUCCUCCCCACCUUUGCCUCCUGGUGGAACCUGAGCUGGAGAGCCCACCGAUCCAGGAAUCUGAUAUUUCAAGUCCAUUGCAAGCUGGACACUGCUGUCCUUCUGCGACACAAGUCCCUCCCUCCCCUCGCAUAGCCCACUUCGAGCGCCAGGAUGGAAGCUGGUGGCUUGGGUGCCACCUCUCCUCCCACGAGAACCGGGCUGCGGCCCUGGGGCUCUCCCUUCACAGGGCCACUCUGCACACCACAGCCUGAAGCUCUGGAGGAGGACCCUCAGAGGCCCUGUUAGAACCAGCCUGCAGGCGUCCCAGACAAGCAAAACCGUGUCCACCCCUGCUGCCCAUGGAGUGUGUGGACCCCCGACCAAAUCCAUCCCUCCUGCCCAUGGAGUGUGUGUUUGGACCCCCAAGUUUCCUCGCCUGGACUUGACACCGGCACCUGUCUGCAGUGCCCCACCCAUGAGGGGGGAGGCCGGCCGAAAGGGCAGAGGUCCGAAGGUGACUGAUAGGGACUGCUGGGUGUCGUCCAAAUGCUGACAUUGGGAGUCCCUGCCUGCCCCUACAGGGGCCAGGCACAGAAACACGUGGCAUCCCAAGGGGAUGACCUGAGUAGGAGGCUCUGCGUCCAGGGCGCCCUCAGCUGUGUGGAGCUUGGGGACCUGGGCCCCUUGGGCUUUCCUGAGUGGCCACGGGACAAAUGCAUCCAUCAGAUGCUGACUUGGAGAUAUUUGCAAACCUCCAGGAUAUCAUGACGUUUUUGUUUUUGUGCUAAGUCACAAACACCCCUUCAGAGACCUACUUUGUGUUGGUUGCAUUCUUUGUCCCUUUUUCAGAGAACUAUCACGUGGAUGCAAAGUGGUCCGUGGACUGAGCCAGCGGGAUGCUUGUGCUUAUGGUCAGGGCAUGGGUGUUGAGGCAAGACCUUAUUUAUAAUGUGUAGCGGACUCACGGCCUCCUACAGACCCGGGGCAGGGAGGGCCCUGGAUCCACCCAGCUGUCGCCCCACCCCCAGGAUAGAAAUCUCUCAACUCCUUGGCGAUGCCCUGGUUCCGUCCUGGCUCAUCCCUGCUGGCUGCUGUCACCGAGAACAUGACACUGUCUGCAUUGCUGUACUGUACAAAGGAAAGGCGUUUUCUGAGACUGACAAGGUGGAACCUGUCAUGUGUCACCUGCCAGCCUCCAUUCUCUGCCUCCUCUUGCCCCCUCCCUCUACCACCUGGCUCAGUGCAAUACUCCCGUCCUGGUGGGGUCCCUUGCCAUGGUACUGUCGCUGCAGCCCCUCGGCCCCCACCCCGGGACGAGCACCCUUGGCCUCCUCCCUGAUGGUUCAGUUGCAUCGCCUGUCCCCACCCCAACCUCAUUUUUAUGGCUGAACUGAUUUCGAAACACAGCAAAACUGCAAACCUUGUGUGUCUUAAUUCUCUCCAGGGGUUCCGUGUGCUCAGCCCUCAUGGUCUGGUGUGUGACAAUCUGGAGCAUAGUCUCCUCAGGCACAGGAUGUCGUCCCACUCAAACCCAGAGCUGUGGGUGCCUCUGUGACCCUGCAGCCACUGCUGGCCCAAUAACACUUGUAUGCAGCCCCGGACCCCCAGCCCCCGUCCCGCUCCCCCCCCCCUUUUUACGUUGAAGAGAUCUCUCUAAUAAAUCGGGUAAUAAGCGUCAA